CAUUCUUAUAAUAUUGACAUACAUAAAACCAUAAAACUCUAUAAACACUACUCUAUUUGCAUGCAUUAAAUCACUUCAAAUAAACUCUACUUAUCCAAAAAAAAAAAAUAUCAAAAUUGAUCCAACUCCUCAAUCCAAAAAAAAAUGUACUCUACUCCGGACCGUUUACCGAUCCAAAGGAACAAUAGGGAGAACCAACCCCAACCCUUGAAGCGCCACCACACCGCUCGCUACUACGUCCACCGAGUCCAUGAGAGCCUCUCUACACGGGUCUCCAAGAUGAUCUGUGCCAUUUUCUUGAGUCUUCUUCUUAUAGUUGGUAUCAUCUCUUUCAUACUGUGGCUUAGCCUACGCCCCCACCGCCCAAGAUUUCACAUUCACGAAUUUUCGGUUCCGGGUUUGGGCCAAGAUACCGGGUUCGAAAAUGCCCGAAUAACCUUCAACGCAUCUGCCCGUAACUCCAAUCACAACAUAGGGAUACGUUAUGAUUCUAUGGACGGGUCGGUUUACUACCGAGAUCAGAAGAUCGGGUCGACUCCACUUAUAAUGGAACCGUUUUACCAAGAGCCUAAGAGCACUAGGCUCAUAAACGCUGCGUUUAGUGGGGCCACGUUGACCGUCAACAGCCAGCGAUGGAGGGAAUUCAUGAACGAUCGUGCCAAAGGAACGGUUGUGUUUCGUCUAGAAUUGACGUCCACGAUUAGAUUUAGAGUGUCGUCGUGGGAGAGUAAGCGCCAUCGGAUGUAUGCCAACUGUGAUGUGGAUGUGGGCCCCGAUGGCCUUAUCUUGAAAAUUUCCAAGGAUAGGAGAUGCCCCGUCUAUUUCGCUUGAUCAUUUUCCACCUUUUUUUUUCUCUCUUUUGUAUUUAUAAAUUGGGUUUCAAUUAAUUUGUUUCAUUUGCUCUCUAAUAUGCAUUCACUUUGUAAUUUUUUUAAAUAGCUAUAUAUUAUUAUAUAUAAUUUCUAACUUCGAUCAGACUUUAUUUUACGGUGGAUAGUGAUAAAGAAUUAAAGAUGUUUCUGAACAUGAGGUGAAAAAUCACAAAUCACUUACUUAUUGUUUAAUUAAAGUUUCUCUUUUACAUCUAAUUUAAAUUUUAUCAUCUAUUCGUUAACUAGUGUAGUAAAUUUUGAUCAAUUAACUCGAAUAUUGAUCACAAUUGCAUCAAGAACUAGAAAUAUGUAAAAAUUAGUUAAAUUAUAAUCUGGUUUAUAAAAAUGUUGAAGAAAAUAAAUGAAAUUUGUCGAGAUGAACUUAUUCAAAUUGAGUCUAUCUUUUGUAAAGUAAUCGUAUCAUCAUUUGGUUAUCGUAUUAAAUGCUUUCAUAAGUGACAUAAGGUAGUAGUAGUUUCAUCUACCAAUUAUUUUGGUUACAU